UCGGAGUGAGUAAGCAUGCGUCGGUCGCCUCUCCCUUACUUGUAUAUUUUCAUUCGAAUCCCGGUCGAGGCUUGAUAUUUUCCCGUAGGCCCGAACCUUCAGUCCUCACAAAGUCGCGGAGGGACCUCCACAUUCCCGCCGUGUACGAACCGGUAUAACAGUUUCAUGUGGAAUGAUUAAGUAACCAUUGCGAUGCUGUGUUAAACUGAGUGAUGCUAAAGAUAAAACGUGAAUUGUUUUGUUUUAAGUGGUGAUUAAUUUAUGAGAUUGUUCGUGGCUCUGAAGACACUUGGUGCUGGUGGACCGAGGUCGUAACGCGGUCCUUGUGAAGAGGCAUUAACAAAUUUAGGCGCCAUCCAGGCAUGAUUUGAACAAUCGAGGAAGGCGCGUGCGCGCGCGAAUGGUGCGCAGUGAUGGGGGGGCCGCGGCGCAUGUCCAGUGCGCUGCUGCUGCCCUUCGCGCUGCUGUCCCUGCCACCCACGGAUGCUGCCAACACUACCACCUACCGGGAAGAAGUAGAAUCAUCCCUCCGUCUGGUGCAUGCAGUAGCUACUGGGGCGACAGGCGCGCUGUGUGUCACAUAUCGGUAUGGGCGGCUGCGGGCACCACUGCACGCGGCGCGGUGGGACACUGCAAGAGCCAGGGCUGAUCUAGCUGCUAACCUACUCCAUCAACUAGGCUUGGAAUCUGCAGAAGUGCUAAUGGCUGUGUCACAAGGUCUCGUGCUCGGAUCAAGUCCUGCAGAACGAGCAGUAGGGGCAAGGGCACUGGCCUUAAGAUCUGAUGGAGUAGUGAACAGUGCAGUAGCCUGGGCAAGAUAUGGCACCGCUGAUCCAAUCGCUGUAGUGUCCCCACAGUUGGAAAAGCCACCAGAUCCUGAAUAUCCUUGGUACGUGUCAGCACAUGAGAUAGAAACGCUCCGGUCUCCGAAAUUCAUGCCAUCUCCACCUGGUGCCGCAAUGGAGGGCUGGUGGACGUAUCCAUAUUACAGCUGCGAAGCCAAACGAUGGUUAUUGUCCUACACCGUGCCUGUGGCAACUGUGCGAGGAUUGAAAGGUAUCGUCUCGCUAGACAUAGACAUAUCGAGCUUGGAAAUAAACCAGUGCGAGGCAGAUACUGAAGAAGACAAUGAUAACCAAAUAUAUUCUUUUCACGGGACACACAAAUGCCCUAACGACACUACUUACUGUGAAUACAAACCAAAUAGAGAGAUGAAUGUGCGACAUGCUGGUUGGGCACGAGGGUCAUAUAUUUGCCGAUGUCGUCCCGGAUACUAUUCGACACAUCACCGUGAAGGAUAUAAUGGAUCCCUUGUUGAAGUGGCUUACCAAGAAUACGAAGAAACCGAUCUAGAAAACUGGAGUGAGCCUUAUGAGUGUCUGAAAUGUCAACCAGGCUGCGAAACAUGCCGGGGACCGGAGCCCUGCCUCGCCACUUACAACUGGCCAUUCCGGAUAUCAUUACUGGUAAUAUCAGUAAGCUGUGCAGUUAUGACGGUAUGUCUCACCAUCUACACUCGUCACCAUCGCAGGGUGAAAGUGUUCCGAGUAGCCAGCCCUGUGUUCCUGUCGAUAACCCUUCUUGGAUGCGCUAUCAUGUAUAUGGAGAUGGCAGCUAUAUUCCCGGUGUUGGAUAGAUACUCUUGCAUUGCAACAAAAUGGACCAGACAUAUGGGAUUCUGUAUCACUUACACUGCGCUUCUGAUGAAGACAUGGAGGGUAUCUCUAACAUACCGAGUGAAAUCAGCUCAUAAAUUGAAGUUGACGGACAAGCAGCUGCUGCAGUGGAUGGCACCGAUACUCCUCAUCAUGUUGGUCUACCUCGGCACCUGGACGCUAUCUGCUCCACCUGAUGCUGAAGUUAUAACGGACAACAGAGGCCUGAAAUUCAAGCAAUGUACUUACAAUUGGUGGGAUCACAGUUUAGCUAUAGGUGAAAUCCUGUUCCUAUUAUGGGGUGUACGAGUAUGCUACCGCGUACGACACGCUGAGAGCCUUUACAAUGAGGCGCGACUUAUCUCUAUAGCCAUCUACAACAUAUUUACUGUCAACUCUCUCAUGAUAGCUUUCCAUUUACUAAUAUUACCUCGGGCCGGACCUGACAUUAAGUAUCUUCUUGGGUUCAUAAGGACUCAACUAUCAACAUCGACUACAGUGCUGUUGGUGUUCUUACCUAAGGUAUUACGUGUGGUACGUGGUACUGGCGACACGUGGGACAGUCGAGCCCGUGCCCGCGGUGUACCGGCUUCCUCCUCACUGAAUGGUAUCGGCCUUGUGCCUGAUGAACCGCCUGACCUCUAUCAGGAGAAUGAGGAACUUAAGGAAGAAGUUCAAAAACUAGCAGCUCAGAUAGAGUUCAUGAAAAUAGUGCAGAUGGAGAUGCACAACCGUCACUUACGGCCGCGGCCCGGCGGCUACUUCACUACUAACGCUAACUCUGCCGCGCCGCAGAGCCCUAUACACCCAAAGACUGUUAACAUUUCACAGGACAGUACAGAAUGGAGCGGACCAGUGUGACUGGUAGCGCUGAGCGAUAGUGGGUGGUCGUGGCCGGGCCCGGCGGGGAAGCACGUCACAACCACGGUGGACGUGCGCCCACCGGCGUACGUGUGACGUCACAACUCAUCACGCAUCCAUUGCUUUGUUUCGCUCAGUUCAGUGAUCAGACUUUUAUUUGCUUUUUAGUGGCUAAGUAACUUUAUCUUGCUUUGAAAGGAACUUUUAGAGUAACAGUAACACAAGUGAGUUAUAUUGUUGUUUGAACUUAUUUAUAGUGACCUCAACAAGUUACCAAUGAUAACACCACUGCAUAGAGUAAGUAUCGUUGUGCUAUUCAUUCCAAAAAUUUUAUUCAUCGUAUCAAAUCAAGUCUGUUGAUAGUAUGUAAAUGUAUUUAUAGUUUGGAACGAUUAAUUGUAACUGUUGUUUACUAGAUAGGAUAAUGUCAUAAAAUAAUAUUAAAUUAGCUAUUUUUAUGUUUAUUCAUACAUCUGUGUAGAAAGGCUAGUGGUCAAUACUGAUUACUGAUAAAUACUCAUUACAGUCAAAUAGUUAUACAGUUUGUGACAUAUACCAAAGAAUUGUAAUUUUUGUGUUUUAGUACAAAAUGUGCCACCAAAUAAUAGAGUAGUUUGCCAUGAACCGUGUUCUUGUAAGACUAUUAUUAUUUAAGCUUAUUCUAGUUUAACUUUCCAAGCAUUGUAUUGUAAACAUUCCAAAUGUAAUACUUAUUAUUGAAUAGUAAUUAAAUGUUACUUUUUAAUGUAAUAAGUCUUUGUAUAAGUUAUCAUUAUCUGGUUAAUCAAACAGGCUCCUUCUCAAAGAGCCCAGUGAGUGGACACUCUUUAAUUGUUUAUUUAUCUGUAGGCAGCCACCUGAACGAUGUCUUUGCAAAAAAAGAAAUAACUCCAUAGAUAAUAAAUACAUCAGUCAUCCAGACCUCAAAUUGGCGGUGAAACAAAUAAAAUUAUUUAUAAUUUGUAAUAUAUUUGUAGCUAUACAUUAAUAUGUCGGGCACUGAGUGUUCAUCGUUAGGACAGACAAUAAGAAGUAAAAGUUUCGAAAAACAUAACUUCAUAAGUCAUACGGAAUUUAACAACUAAACAAAAUCUUAUUUAAUUUAGAUUUAAACUUAAAUAUUAAGUUUGAACCUUUUAAUAACACUUGUUAUCUAUUAUGUGUUGUAAACUAGUUCAUAGACAUACAUCAUAAACCAUUUGUAUAGUUUUAGGCGUAAACAAAUUGUACAUAUGAAUCAAAAUAAAGCAUAAAUUCUAAAGUGUUGUACAUAAACUCAUUAGAGAUGUUUAAUUAUUAUUUUGUUUCGUUUAUCAUCUGUGAUAAGCAGUAUUAUCAAUUAUAAUGUUAUAUUGUGAUGCGGUUGUAUGAAUCUUUAUAAAGAAGCUGUUUUAAACAACAUGUCUAGAGUUAAAAGUGUGUGUAUUCUCAAAUACUCAGUUCCCAAAAGGCCGGUAACGCACUUAAUUGUUACGCCUUGGUGUUU